CUGGAAUCGAGCCGCGUCGGACCCCAUUAGGGGGGAAGCUCUCCCAGCGCCUGUUUCUCCAUUCACAAGACUCGAACUCGAGACCUUGCUUAAGGGGAACCGAGCUCCUUCCACUCGGCCCAACAGAUCGUUGAUAAUUUACUUUCUCCUUGUCUGACUAAAGUAUAGUUAAUGGAUUCAUAAUUUCAGAUUGGGAGAGCUUUGUUGUUGAUCUGCCAGGAUUACCAUUCUAGCUGUAUCUUUGGUCUCUUACAAGGAUAACCACUGUAAGUGUCGACUUGGACACAAAGGAAUAAGGGGAGUAAGAUUCCAAUGCACAUUUUUCUGAAUCUAUUACUGCAAAGGAAGAACAAAGGAAAGCAAUCUCAGUAGAUGAAGGAAAGGCCAUAUGAGAGCUUUUACAAGAAGUAAGCAAAGAGGACUGACUUGCAUGGAAAUCAGUGAAAAUAUGAACAUUUUAACAAAGAAAACGUCAUUGAAACUGAACAAAUGGGGAUAACCUACAAGCCAGUGCUGCGUGAUUAAUGGCUGGCUCCUCGCAGCUAAGAGAUUACAGACUUGCCUAUUUGAUGAGCAUUCAUAAUAGAAGUAAAGAGACGGGGUAGAUUGAGGCAUGAGAACCUGCUGCUUCUCUUGGGAUUUUGCAUACAAUCAAGGGAGAGGCUUUUGGUUUGCAAAUGGUUGUCAAAAGGAAGUCUUUCUGAUUGGCCACAUCCUGAGGAAGGUGAGGCAAGAAUAAUAGAGUGGCCUACAAGGGUCAAAAUUGCAAUUGGAGUAGCAAGAGGCUUGGUUUGGCUCCAUCACAGGUGCGAUUUCCAUGUACUACAUAUUUAUAUUAGCUCCAGGUGCAUCUUAGAUAAUUUUGUGGUUACACAAUGACAGUGAGUGAUGUCACUGCAACAAGUUUCUAAC